AUGACUGUAGCUGCUAGGAAAGUAGCUAUCUUCUACACCGACCACCCCAACGAGUGGAGCCGCGACGACGGGACCUUUGCCACUAUGGCCGUUGAGCUGCUGGAGCAGGCCAAGGAGCACGAGCCGUACGUGGGGGCCGAGGGCGGUAUCGAGUACCGGGUGUUCGAUGUGUACAACGGCGAGCUACCGUCCGUGGAUGAGCUCAGCAGCGGGGACUACCUGGGGCUGUACAUCACUGGGUCCCGCUAUGACUCCUUUGACACAGAGACGCAGUGGAUCGUCGAUCUGCGCAAGCUGCUGUACCGGCUGGUCAAUGAGACCACACUGCCCAUCGUGGGCAUAUGCUUCGGCCACCAGGUCCUCGCGCGCAGUCUCGGUGCGCAGGUGGGCCGCAACCCGAAGGGGCUCGAGGCCGGCGUGCACGGCGUGCAGCUCAACGCCACAGGCAAGACAUUGUUCUCCCGGGACCGCCUCUACCUCAGCGAACUGCACUCAGACCACGUAGAGGAGGUCCCGCCGGGCUACGAGAACUGGGGCCACACGGAGAAAUCCCACUGCCAGGGCCUCUACAAGCCGCAGCGCGUGCUGACAUUUCAGGGCCACCCUGAGUUCACCACCCAGCUGGCCAUCAAGAGCACACAGCACAAACACCAGACGGGCCAACUCUCCGACGAAGAGUACGCUGAAACAAUCCAAAGAUGUCACAGCAACAACGACGGCGUCCACGCAGCAAGAAACAUAUGGAAACUGUACCACGGCAAGAUAUGA